GAAUUUCUUAAUAUGUCUACUCCACUAGGGUAAACCUCUUCACCCUCCGAAAUUCACGUUAUGACGAAAGACGGAUUCCUACAGGAAGCAAGUAUUUGUUGCAGCCUAUACAGUGUAUUUAGACAGAUUCGUAUGUGUAACUUGUCGGAAACCCAUUAAAUUCUGCCCUUAUCGUGAGUCAAAGAACGACAAGGACUGAGUUUUUGUGUUGAGGUUUUGUGAAUGAGUGUUUAUAACACCUUUUCAGAUGUGUAGGGGUUAAAUUAGCAUUCGGUAAUGCGGAAUGUUAAUCUACUAAAUCUAGUGUCAUUAAACGACACAAAAAGGUGGUAUAAACAUUCGACAGAAAUAAUUAAUGUCAGGUCCAAGUAGGAGUCAAGGCUCAGGAUUGGUAGAGAUGUGGCGAUUAGGAGGGUGACAUUGGACCUUAUGUGUACUUUAUACGAGCACAUUUAAUGAAGAAAAAAUGUUUGAGUUUGUCAUCAUUUCUUAUCAAAAUACAGAAAUUAGGAAAUUGUCGUUAUCAGUACUUAAACGCCAACUUUUCGAUCAAGGAAGUUUGACACAAAAAUAGUCUUUUGUAUUAUAAGUUUAAUAUGAAAUCUAAUUAAAAUCAGUUGAUAUACCAGGCGAGAAACACUUUUAUAAGCAACGUAUCAAAAUCAGUUGAUUUACCAGGCGAGGAACACUUUUAUAAGCAACGUAAUGUGAAAUAAGGUUACACGUGCAAUUAUAAACCAAAAUUAUAUCAUCUUUCCUUACUGCAUGUGGAGAUCCGAGUCGAGAGUUGGAUCCCUAUCCGGGAUAGUCUGUGUUUCUGUUGAAUGGAACCUGGUGUCACGAACUGAGCUUGUUGGUUAUAGUUAUAUCCUUAGGCAAUACAAGUUAUCUCAAUUGCUCCGUGUGACCUCGUGAGACGGGUCUCAGGAAAACAAACAAUAUCAGAAAGAAAAAUCAGCAGACAAUGGCUCUGAGUAGAACUAUUGGUAAAACAGAUAUAGUGACAAUAUAUAUUUAAAUGUUAAACUGUAUUGGUAUGGGAUAUAUGGUUGAUUUAAACGCCAGAGCUUUGCAGACAAACGUCAUACUGCGCGCUUAACAUAUACGAUAAUAAUAAUAUGUGAAAAACAUUAUACAAAUAUUGCAUACUAGAAGGCAUUUCAAUUAAUACAAAUCUUGGAUGACUGAAAUGCCUCACUCUAUGCCAUAUAUCUUUGGUAUUAUUAUUGCUUUUUAAGAUCAAAGAACAAAUGUUUAUACGUACAUAGUAAAAUCCGGUCAAAUAAAUGUACCUAACGCGUGCUAUAGAAACUUGUUAGCAUGACGUCAUGGUUAUUUUGUGCAGUAUAUGUGAUGCACAUUAGCUAAUUAUGCUCCCUUGAAACAUUUAUCUUUCUUUUGAUUUGUGGAAAUGUACACAGCUUUAAAAAAUAAAUUUAACAGUAAAGCCCAUGGUAAAGCCAUGAUAAAUACUAAAAACUUACCAAGAUACCUCUGUUAAGUUACACCAUAGGCUUUUUAGAUAUUACCGUUAGAAGGCGACAACCAAUUAACGUUUGCACGAGAUAUGUUGUAAGUCAGCCUACAGCUAGGCGAGUGGAUACACUGUCAUACACGUAUAUUUUGUAGCCUUUAGUGUAUUUAGUUUAGUCGCCGAGAUUUUCAAGAUGUAUUCCUACAAGUUUUACGGGCCUUACAAUGUCGCUUGGAUUUAUUUAUUUAUUUAUUUAUUUAUUUAUUUUUCUCAAUACUUUAACUCCUGUAUUAUCAAUUAUGGAUAAUAAUACAGCUAGCAUCGAGGAACUUACAAUGAAAGGGGAACUUACUGGGCUCAUAGAUAAUUCAAGGGUCAAAGGUCACAGGGUGUAUGUAUGUCGAAAAAAGGAUAGGUGUUUUGAUAUAUACGUGUUUCUAUCCACACGACGUUACUGGAUAGUUGGAAACACACGACAAAGUGGCAACGCGAGGGAUAUCCUUUUUAAUCCUGCUUGAUCCCAAAGGUGAACAAAGUACUUGAAAUAGUGCUUUACAACCAAUAAAGACAUUUUAUACUACAACAGGAUCAAUCGAGGACAAACUAUUUUUAUAACAUACCACAAUCAGCAGUAGUGUUGGAGAUAUUUAGCAUGAUGGGUACCCAUCACAUACUUGGAGAGCAGAAAAAUACAUAAUUGAUGUGUAUGGAAAAUUUAGGGUGAAUAUAAUACAUAAUUGGUGUGUAUGAAAUAGAUUAAACACAAAUAACAAUAAAUCUAUUGUAGCGUGUACUUUUGCAUUGAAGAAAAUCAUGAACAGAUGGAAAUGACUUCAGAUCCAAUAAAUGUCUGCUCCCCCGAUUGCUAUAUUUGAGAUUGUGAUUUCUCUUUUUCAAAUACCUGCUUUUCCUAACAGCUCUAUUACCAACAUCACGAUUUCUAUUAUAGAUAUAAGCUAACAGAGACUAAAGUUGAUGGAAGAAAGGAAAGGUCAUAUGGUUGACGUCAUGACAAAAUUGGGAAGGAUUCUUUUCCAUGUAUGUAUACAUAGCUACUUAUACAGCUGGGAUAACAAGUUAAACUAUACUGUGUACAGACCAUUGCCGGAUAUUAAACCAAGUCAAAGUAAGGGAUUCAUAGAUAUAGAUUUGUCGUCUAUUCCCGACCCGAAAUUAUCCUACGUGAAAAGGUUGAAUGUCGGACGGAUUUACACUGUUGGUGAGCACGUAAGUGUCAAGGUUAUUCUUCGGGACGCAUACGGCCGAAGACUUCAAAAUGGUGGCGAUGUACUUAGAAUUUGGUUAGUUAAUUACGCAUUGGGAGCUAAUGUGAUCGGUUCAGUUACAUACGCAGGGCAUGGUGUAUAUAUUGGUAAAGUACUAUUGCCUUGGAAAGGCAAAGCAAUCCUUCUUGUGUCCAUUGCCCAGACGCAACAAGCAAUUAAAUCCGUCAUGUCAGCUAUUAAUGAAUAUGGGAAUGUUUACGAAAUGUACGGACUUUUCAGUAAUGAGAUAGACAGGUACCAUGGACAGACCGAUAAAACCCUUUGUAGUACAGUAUCUAACAAAAGGCUUGGUUCUAACGUGUGUAAUCUGACAGCACAAAAUUUCGGGUAUUCUUGGUUCUGUGGAAAACCUAUAUCUCUUCGUUGUAAAGACUGGAAGGCUGUGAGUGGAAGUUUGAAAACAUUUCUACCAGAGUACAUUGUCAAUAAAACAAGAAAACAACACAUGGUACUGGAGAAUAGAGUCACGAUCCAGAUAAAUGGAGAUACAGACAUAAUGCCAAGAAGUGGUAUCUCGUGUCACGACAGACCUAAGCUAUCUACAUGGAGCGAGAAAGUUCCAACAGGGUUUUAUUAUAAAAACACUUGGAAUUUCGCAAACUGUCGGGGUCAAGUGAAGUGGACUGAGAGGUCAUAUAUCAAAUGUCUAAGUGGAAGACAUUUACUUAUUAUCGGCGAUUCAACUACGAGACAGAUUGUUACAUAUUUAACACAAGAACUGAAUUUAUCCUUCUCUCCCUAGUCCUCAGCCAUCAGGACCAUACGUUCAUUUUGUAUUCGGGCAUAAUCAUCCAAACAACGUGUCGUUGUCUUGGUUUCCACAUGAACAUCCAUUUUUUAAUUCAAACUAUUUGACAAUCAAAUCAAUGCAAUCCGUUGCGAACAGGCUAGACAACAUCGGCAGGAACAAUAACAGUGUGGUUUUGAUCCAUAUAUGGGCACAUCAUGUCAGGAUACCCCAACAUGUAUUCAGAGAGCACAUCCGGGGUAU